GGACUUGGUAUAUAUACUUGUGCGUGUAAGAAUGCGUCUGAAUGUCUAGUGACAUUCUCGCGCGCACAUGCCAAGGGGUGCCUUGCGGUGUCUGGGAGAAAAUCACAAUGCUGCACCGCGUCGUGUUCGUUACGUAAGCAUACCAAACAACAACAGGCGACAAGGUGAAAAAAUUUCAGCUUGAAUGGAGGCGGCGCUGCUGAACGAGUACCAGAUCGCGCACCUUGUGUAUCACAGGGACUCGAAACAGCACCGCUCGUCGCUGUGGUGGAAGCAUUUCAACAUCUUCCACCGGCGACUGCGGACGGUGUUGCAGCUUUGCAUCGACAUCGACGAGAUCACCGGUAAGAGACAGCUCUCCUCGCUGAGGUUCACGAGGUCGCAUUUCCCCAAAUUCCAGAAGCGCACCCUGAGCGCCACACAGGCGGCGCAGCUGGUGCAGCGAAAAAAACAGCAGCUCCAGACUUUGAUUAAUUAUUUGCUGCAACGCAUUCUGCCCGCUUGCUACUACAGAUUCUACGCCGUGAUCGAGCUGGGCCAGUAUCUGGCUCUUGGCUUUACGCUGAUGGGCCUAGUCGCCAAGACCCGUGCAAUUCUGCUGCAGAUGCGCUCUGUGCCGGCCCCGGAGCCAGAUCCUGAGCCGCAGCUCUUGCAGGAGGAAGAGGUUGGAGAAUUGAUCGCCCCUGCAGAGCUUGUCAAUGCAAGCUUCGAGGAGCCGAGGAAUGAAAACAAGAAAAAACGGAACAAGUCGCGCAAGACGAUCGACGAUAUAUUUGGCUUCUAGACACCCCUCAGCUUGUCGGCGGCCCAUCUCGGCAGCACAAAGCUGGCACUGUGGACACCCGAGUGGUAGUAGCGGAACAGCUGCGCUUCGCGGUCACGUGACUCGGUCCUGUGCGGCACCGACACCUUGAGGUCCGGGUUUUUCGAGCAACACAUGAGCGCAAUCUGUCCGGAGGUGUAUGUAGGAAUAGUGCAAUAGCAGCAUUCGGUCACCGCAAACACGCGACUGCAGAUGUCCUUGAGACUUUUGAGCUUGUCGAUGUUGAGCCAUAUGUUCUCGGACGCCAUCGAGAUGACCAUUCCGUUGGCGUUGAGCGCGUUGUAGAGCAGCUCGAAGUACUGUUGCUGGAAAAACGCCUCGGCGGGGCCGUCUGGGUCCGACGAGUCUGUGAUAAUGACGUCGUAUUUGUCGGCUUCGUCACGGGCAGCUGUAUUUUUCAGGUAUUCGAAGCCGUCUGCCAGAACAACCUGCACUUUUUCGUGAGACAGAGAUUUGGCCAUAUUGGGCAGGUAUUUUUUGGAUAGGUUGAUGACCGACUCGUCGAUCUCAACCAGAGUUGCGCGUUCGACGCAAUCGUGCUUCAGCACCUCUCUGAGGACUCCUCCGUCUCCGCCGCCGAUAACCAGCACUUUUUUAGGGUUAGGGUGCGCAAACAGCGGCACGUGUGUGAUCAUCUCCUGGUACGCAAACUCGUCGCGUUCAGUGACCUGAAUUAUGCCGUCCAGAACGAGCACGUUGCCGAAGUCUGUGGACCUGAACACCAGCACGUCCUGGAACUUGGACUUUUCUGCGUGCAGAAUCUCGGCGACUCUAAGGCGCAUGGCCUGACCGGGGAAUGACUCCUCGCUCUCCUCUCUGAACCAGCCGUCUUUGAUCAAUGGGUGGGUAAGUGGCAUUUUGGUGGAAGCUCUGAUAGGGGUGCCAAAAAAAUUUGCGGGCCGAUCGACGCUGGAAAAAAUUGUGAAAAUAUUUAAGGCGAUCCAAAGUUCAUGAAGCACCCGUUCCAGAAGGUACUGCUCAACGAAAAGGGAGAUCUGCUGUUUGCCGGUGCCGGCCAGAAACUGUUUGUUUUCCAGCGUCGCGAAAACUGGCAAUUGACCGACUCCUGGCUCGACACCGUCGACCACAACUACGCCCUGAUCAAGGAGUACGAGGCACGCAGCAGGAAAUUCGAGCAAGAAGCCGCUGCAGGCGACCGCAAGCCGCCAAAGGUGCCGACACCGGGUCCGGGAGCGCCACCAAAGCUCUGCUACAUCAGAGACAUCCAUCUCAGCAGAAACGAGAAAUAUCUCAUCCUCACUACAGACACAGACAAGGCGGUGGUAGUGUUUGAGCUGAACGGCGGAUCGUUGCGACAGAUCAAACGGCAGCCUCUGCCAAAGAGGCCCUGUGCCGUGUCGACGUCGCUCGACGACUCGACAGUCGUCGUCGGAGACAAGUUUGGAGACGUCUACUGUAUUGACAUGCUAUCGGCUGAGAUCAAGGAUGAAAAAGACAUGGUGCCGGUUCUGGGUCACGUGUCGAUGCUGACAGGGGUGUUGAACGUUUCGGACGGCGCCGGGAACGAGCUUGUGGUCACUACCGAUCGUGACGAGCACAUCAGACUGAGCCGGUUCCCGCAAAGUUACAUCAUCGAGAGAUGGCUGUUUGAGCACGAGGAGUUUGUGGCGUCGAUCGUCGCGCCGCGGUGGUGUCGCGACAGGGUGCUGGUGAGCGGCGGCGGCGACCCGUUUCUGUGCUCGUGGCACUGGCAGGAGGGCGUGCUUGCCGACAAGCUUGAUCUCUCAGCCGCGGUCGAGCCGUAUCUAACCGAGGAGCACCUGGUGCCGUCGCGGUUCCAGAACGAGGCCGGCGACCUGAAGGAGUUCACGGUGUCGCAGCUGGUGGAGCUGCCGUCGCAGAACAGGCUGGUGGUGCUGUUUGACAAGAUGAGUGCAUUUUUGGUGGUUUCCGUGGCAGAGGACGGGAAACUGGCUCUGGAGCGCACGGUGGCCGUGGCGAGCCCGGUGAUCUGCGGCGCGGCCUCGGCCCUGAGUCUCGUGCUCAGCGUCCGCGGCGCCGAAAACUGUCUGCUCGAGUACACGCUGGAGAGCUGGACGUGUGUGGAGCUGCGAGAGGUGUACGGGUGUAACGACGUGGAGUGGGACGAGAAGGGCGACCUGUUUGCGUCGUUCUCGGUGAACCAGCUGCGCAAGCGGAGCGAGCACUGAUCACAGGAAGCCGCGGCGGCGGUUGAAGUGGGCCACGUCCAGCACGCCGUCAGCCAGCACGCCGUUGAACCACAGCCGGCCCUGGUCCUUGGAGUUGACGGUCCACUGCGACCGCAGCAGCUUGACGUCGAUGACGUCGCCGUUGAGCGACUGUGUGUGCUCGCUUCCGCCCGCAAAAAAGUCCAUGUACCAGUUUUUCUUCGUUUCGUGGCCGUUGAGCGUGAACGAGCACUCAUCCAGAGAAACGAACAUUCGCAGCUUCUCCUGGACACUGCCGUCCUCUAGCACCGUCGAUUCGUACAGGUCGCCGUCCAGUGGGCUCAGCAGUGUGUACAGACGGCGCGCGGUGGCGCCGGUAAAUAAUAGAUUGACAAACGAGAGCUCUGUGUGGAUCAGUAGACUGGCCUCCUCGGAAUCGAUCUGGAGCACCAGCACGCGCGCCUUGGUGUCGACAAAGGGCCGUUUGUACACGGCUGGGCCCGCGCACGUGAUCGAGAGACGGUCCUUCUUGACGUCGGCUAGCGCAACGACAAUCUCCUCGCAAUGAGUGAACGGGUUUGUCUGGAUCUUGUGCGGAAUCAGUUUCUGCUCCAGAGCAAGAAACCGGUAGUAGCGGCACUCCGCCAGCAGCUGGCGGCGGUGGUGUUCGUUGUCGACGCAGAUGCGGCCCGUCGACAGCGCAUUGAGCAGAUCGGUGAACAGCUUGGCGCUGCGCUUGACCACGAUCGGGCUCUGUGGAGGGGGGCGGAUCACGUCCUUUAGCUCGCCGCGGAAAUACGGGCUCUGGAACGUGGUCUGGUACGCUACCGUGAAGUAGUUCGGGCUGUUGCCCUCGCCGGCCACCAGGUCCUGCGGGAAUCGGAAACUGAGCCCGCCCACGUUGCAGUAGUAGAAGUCCUCAGAGAGCUGUUUGAGCAGUUUCUGGAGGCUGAAGUAGGUUGCGUCCGCGUACAAAUGCAUUAGUUCGUACUCGUUGUCUGCACGAAUGCAAUAUCCCUGCAAAUGAGAGCAUAUUUUGUCAAACACGGCAGAGGAACGGUCAACGGUGAGCACCUUGCUCUCGUUCUCCUUGCGGCCAAAAAAAGAGGUGAAGUAGGACGGCGAGUCGA